AUGGCCUCCCAAAAGCAACGAACCCCACCCCAACCACCCCCGACCUUCACAGCAAACCCAGCCACAAUCAUACAGGAUACCAAGUUUCUGAUUGAGCGUGCCCGCGAAAGCCAGAGCCAGAUCAAAAGGAACAUACAGCCCAACACCGCAACAUUCAACAACGUUAUUCUACCCCUGGCUCACAUCGACAAUGCUCUGGCUUCGAAGUCCCAUAUCCUUGUUUUCUAUAGGGCCGUAUCGACCAACCCCGAACUGCGGAAUGCGUCCAUCGAGGCCCGGAACCUGCUGGACUGCUACAAUGUCGAGACGACGAUGGAUGACGGUUUGUUUGCGCUGGUUGACGCGGUCUUUCACAAGGACGAAGAGUUAGAGCCAGAAUCCUAUCGCCUGUUGAAGAAGUUGUACAUGGGUUACGUUCGGCAUGGGCUGGGAUUGUCGGCCGGCUACCCGAGGGAUCGAUUUCGGGAAAUUCAGUCGCGGCUUAGUUGGAUUAAGGCUGAGUUUCAGAGAAAUUUGGUCGAGGCGAAUAGUGCGGGUAUCUGGUUUACGGUUGAAGAGUUGGAUGGAUUGCCGGAGGACUUUCUAUCUGGGUUGAUGAGAGGGAAACUAGGAGAGGUCAAUGAGGACAAGGUCCGAGUGACGUUUAAUGAUCCAGAUCUCUUUAAAACACUGAGCUACGCGAGGAACAGCAACACACGGAGACGUAUCUACAUCGCCAAUGAGAAUAAGUGUACACAGAAUGUGUCCCUGUUUAGGGAGGCUGUCCUGCUUCGUGAUGAAGCGGCUCGUUUGCUUGGAUAUCCCAGUCAUGCUGCUUUGCAGAUUGAAGAUAAAAUGGCGAAGUGUCCGGAGACUGUGAAUGCCUUUCUCGGUGACUUACAAACUCGAUUGAGUGAGAAUGGUCAGAGAGAAGUCGAAAAGCUAAAGCGGCUUAAGAGGGCCGACCUUGAGUCCCGAGGAGAAUCAUUUGAUGGUCGGUAUUUUCUGUGGGAUCAUCAAUACUAUCAUCGAAUGAUGUUGGAGAAGCAGUACUCGGUGCACCAACAGAAGAUUGCGGAAUAUUUCCCUUUUCUAAGCACUAUCGCGGGUAUGCUGAAGGUCUGCGAGACGUUAUUUGGUCUUUUUUUCAGCGAACUUAGCAAAAGCGAGAUCACGAAGCUAACUGGUCCCGGAGACGCACCUGUCUGGCAUGAAGACGUACAGGUCUUUAGUGUCUGGAACAGUGACGAGGACGGUGGCUUUGUCGGGUAUCUCUAUAUGGAUCUUUUCCUUCGGGAAGGUAAAUACGCAAAUGCAGCCAAUUUCAACCUGAUACCCGGCUUUAUCCAAGAAAGCGGUACACGCCAAUAUCCUGCCACAGCAUUGGUGUGCAACUUCUCCAAGCCUAACUCUGAAGCCCCCUGUCUUAUGAAGCAUGACGAACUUGUUACAUUAUUCCACGAGCUGGGCCAUGCAAUCCACGAUCUUGUGUCGAAGACAACUUACUCGCAUUUUCACGGUACAGAGACAGAAGUCGACUUUGGUGAAGCCCCUAGUCAGAUGCUGGAGAACUGGUGCUGGACUCCAUCAGUACUGCGGUUAUUAAGCAGACACUAUUCGUACCUUUCCUCGGAGUAUUUUGCCUAUUGGAAAGAGCGAGUAGAUAGGGAACCUCAGCCUCAGGAGCAAAUGCCUGACACGAUGAUCGAGAGCAUCCUCCGAGCCAAACACGUAAACGGCGCACUGUUUCAUUUGCGUCAGUUGCAUUUUGCUAUCUUUGAUAUGGUAGUCCACGAGCCUGACGAUCACAACGCGAUCAAGGAAUUAGACAUCUCGGCGAAAUAUAAUAAUCUCCUGGCUAGGAUUCUGCCCAUGGAUGGCCCAGAGGGUGGCGGCUGGGGCUAUGGUCAAACACGUUUUCAACACUUGCUGGGGGAGUAUGAUGCAGGGUACUACAGUUAUUUGUUCUCGAAGGUCUAUGCGACAGAUAUGUUCUAUACCGUGUUCAAACCGGACCCAAUGAACUAUCGAGAGGGUCGGAGAUACCGAUAUACUGUCCUUGAGAAGGGAGGGAGCCUAGAUGGAGUGAAGAUUUUAACUGACCUGUUGGGGCGCGAACCCCAAAAAGAUGCUUUUUACCAGGAGCUUUGUCAAAAUUGA